AUGUUCUUUUUGUUUAGUGCCUUAAUACAUUCACAAAAGGUUCUCAUAUUCGAUGCGGGCAGUAGUUCCACUCGUGUUUACUUAUAUAAAUACGAAAAUGCAUCCGACCCAUUAACUUAUGAAGCGAUGGUUGAUGAAAAUGGAAAUCCAUUCAGUUUCAAAGGAGAUGAAGCCUCAACAAAGCUCUCCGAUGUUGCCAAAAACGAAUCUGUCAUGGAUGAAAUCUACAGACAGCUCUUAACAGAACAUGCAAAUAAAUGGAUCGAUGAAAAGGAGCAGAGCAGUGUCCCACUUAUUGUUUAUGCUACAGCUGGUAUGCGUCUUCUCCCUCUCGAAGACCAGAAGAGAGUUAUGAAGAUUGCUUACAAGAAAGCAAAACAAAAUUUCAAAUAUAAAGUCCAGGAAAAGCAUUUCAGAGUAAUUCCAGGCUACGAAGAAGGUCUGUUUGCCUGGGUCGCUGUGAACCGUCUACGCCGCGCUUUCACUCCAGAAACGAAAACAUUACCGAUUUUCGAAUUCGGAGGUGCUUCAGCUCAGAUAGCGGCAGAAAUCACUGAAAAGCCAAAGUCUUACCUCAAGAAAUUCCUCUACCAAGUUAGAAUCGGAAAGGAUAACUACAACGUUUUCGCUCACUCAUGGCUUGGCUAUGGUGGCGAUAUCAGCUCCGUAACCGUCCACAAAGAAGUUAUGAAGACCACCCACGAAUCUCCAUGCGUUAUUAAGGGUGCAAAUCUUACACUUAAAAUUGAUGGUAAAAAUGAAACAUUUACAGGCAAGGCAGACUUCCAGAAAUGCUACCAACUCUACGAAACUCUUGUUUUCAAGAAGGAUGAAGAGAAGAACUGCGGCGGAUACCCAGUUCUUUUCAAAGAUGAAAAUGAAAACGUUUGCGUUCCUCUUCCAGCAAAAUUUGACCGUAUCUAUGCACAAGGUGUCAUGCAAUACUCAGCCGAUUAUCUUAAACUCAACGAUACCCUCAAACUUAACGAUUUCAUUCAGAAAUCUUACGUUUACGGCAACUACACCUACCAACAAGCUUACGACUACAAUCCAAAAUACAUGUACAUUCACAUGGCCUACUUACAGCAACAUCUCCUUAUCAAUUUCUUAGAUCGUGGAUUCCAACACGAUAAACUCAUUGAUGAGCUCGUAAUCAGCGCCCCAAUCAAGAUCAAUAAUGUAGAACCACAAUGGACACUCGGCGCUGUCCUUGAAGCCUUCUCUGCAGCUUCUGUCGGAAUGGCUUGGUAUAUUAUUUUAAUUAUCGUCAUCGCUGUCGUUGCCAUUGUUGUCAUUUGUGUAUUUGUCGUAUACAAACUCGCUUGCAAGAAACAGGCUUCUUUCCAGAACGUCAAAUCCAUUGAUAAUGGUCAAUUACUAAUGUAA